AUGGUACCCAUGAUUAUUUUUAUUAUUGCUGCUUCACCUCUAAGCAUAUCAUACAAUUCAUUGAAGUCAUUAUUAGAGCACGGAUUGAAUGGGAGUCAGGCCUGGACCCCUAACAACAUGGGACCUCGGGCAAAUCUUUUCUUGGGCCGCCGUUUCUUCACCUGUAAAAUAUAGGUAUGUUGCUGGGAUGGGGAGGGUGCACCAUGUGCAGAUUAGACUAGCGGAUCUCUAAAAUUCCUGACAUCUCUAAAGCCCCAUGGGGGUGAGCCCCUGUUUCCCUCACAGGGCAGUCCAAUCUUAUCUCCCAGAUAGGCAGAUCCGAAUUCUGGAUCCUGAUCUUUUUUCUUGACCAUAAGGAAUUCACCCCUCUUUCAGCCUCAUUUUCCUUGUUUGUAAAACAACAACAAACAAAACAGUUUUUAAAAACAAACAAAUGAGCUACUUCCUUCCUAGCAGUGUUUCCGCAGGCACUAAGCUAACAGUGGACGCUCCAGCCUUCUUUCUGCUUCUAAGCUGCUCAAUCAACUCCUGCCCCCGCCUCCCCGCCCGCGGGCCGGCUGGCCGGCCACUGCCUGUAACCUUCUCUAAACAGGCUCAAGUGCUUUAGGUCAUUACGCCGAGUCCUGCACUUUGUAUCAUAAACACGAUCCACAAGCAGAGUUAAGUGUGAAGGGCGGGUGCGGGGAGGCUGAGGAAUGAAUGGAAGCGACCUGGGAAUGCACGCAGCUCAGGCCCCGCCCCCAGACGCGACGCGCCCCGCCCAGCCCAGCCCCGCCCCGCCCCGCCCAGCCCCGCUUUCCGACACCUGGUGGCGCAGGACCUGCCUUUGCCUCUCUCCCACCCUUCAAAUCCCGCUCCACUGCUGGACUCCCGUGAGAUCUGCGACUUGCCCCGGAAGACCCGCCCCCUGUGCCGUGGAGACCAAUGGGCAAGGGCGACGGUUGCGACAGUUGGGUUUUGAAGGAGCCAAUGAGUGCUCGGAGCGGAGAGUUUAAGAAGCGUAAAUCCGCACUAAGGCCGGUCUGGGAUCCGAGCCUGCUUUGAGCUGACGGUGAGAGCGGGCAGACCUCUCCCUCCAGACACUCCCAUGGCCCAGUUCGUGUUCGAGAGUGACCUGCACUCGCUGCUGCAGCUGGAUACACCCAUCCCCAAUGCACCCCCUGCGCGCUGGCAGCGCAAGGCGAAGGAAGCCGCGGGGCCGGCCCCCUCGCCUAUGCGGGCAGCCAACCGAUCCCACAGCGCCGGCAGGACCCCGGGCCGAACUCCCGGCAAAUCCAGCUCCAAGAUUCAGACCACUCCCAGCAAACCUGGCGGUGACCGCUAUAUCCCCCAUCGCAGUGCUUCCCAGAUGGAGGUCGCUAGCUUCCUCCUGAGCAAGGAGAACCAGCCUGAAGACAGUCAGACGCCCACCAAGAAGGAACAUCAGAAAGCAUGGGCUUUGAACCUGAACGGUUUUGAUGUGGAGGAAGCCAAGAUCCUUAGGCUCAGUGGAAAACCACAAAAUGCCCCAGAGGGUUACCAGAACAGACUGAAAGUACUCUAUAGCCAGAAGGCCACGCCCAGCUCCAGCAGGAAGACCUGCCGUUACAUUCCUUCUCUGCCAGACCGGAUCCUGGAUGCCCCUGAAAUCCGGAAUGACUACUACCUGAACCUUGUGGAUUGGAGCUCUGGGAAUGUACUGGCUGUGGCUUUGGACAACAGUGUGUACUUGUGGAGUGCUAGCUCUGGUGACAUCCUGCAGCUGCUGCAACUGGAACAGCCUGGGGAUUAUAUAUCUUCUGUGGCCUGGAUCAAAGAGGGCAACUACCUGGCUGUGGGCACCAGCAGUGCUGAGGUGCAGCUAUGGGAUGUGCAACAGCAGAAACGGCUUCGAAACAUGACCAGUCAUUCUGCCCGAGUGGGCUCCCUCUGUUGGAAUAGCUAUAUCCUGUCCAGUGGCUCACGCUCUGGCCACAUCCACCACCAUGAUGUUCGGGUAGCAGAACACCAUGUGGCCACAUUGAGUGGCCACAGCCAGGAAGUGUGUGGGCUGCGCUGGGCCCCAGAUGGACGACAUUUAGCCAGUGGCGGCAACGAUAACUUGGUCAACGUGUGGCCUAGUGCUCCUGGAGAAGGUGGCUGGGUUCCUCUGCAGACAUUCACCCAGCAUCAAGGGGCUGUCAAGGCUGUAGCUUGGUGUCCCUGGCAGCCCAAUGUCCUGGCAACUGGAGGGGGCACAAGUGAUCGACACAUUCGUAUCUGGAACGUCUGCUCUGGGGCCUGUCUGAGUGCUGUGGAUGCCCAUUCCCAGGUGUGCUCCAUCCUCUGGUCUCCCCACUACAAGGAGCUCAUCUCAGGCCAUGGCUUUGCCCAGAACCAGCUGGUUAUUUGGAAGUACCCAACCAUGGCCAAGGUGGCUGAGCUGAAAGGUCACACAGCCCGGGUCCUUAGUCUGACCAUGAGCCCAGAUGGGGCUACAGUGGCAUCAGCAGCAGCAGAUGAGACCCUGCGGCUGUGGCGCUGCUUUGAGUUGGACCCUGCGCGGCGGCGGGAGCGGGAGAAGGCCAGUGCAGCCAAAAGCAGCCUCAUCCACCAAGGCAUCCGUUAAGGACCAACUAAUGUCAGUUUUUUGUGUUUUUUUUUUUUUUUACUUUUCUAAUAAAGUCACGUCUCCCUCUU